ACCUGCCCUCCCCUGACGCGCCCCGCCCCUCAGCCCGCGCGCCGGCCCUGCUACCCGCACCAUGUCAAAGAAGAAAGGAUUGAGUGCAGAAGAAAAGAGAACCCGCAUGAUGGAAAUAUUUUUUGAGACAAAAGAUGUGUUUCAAUUGAAAGACUUGGAGAAGAUUGCUCCCAAAGAGAAAGGCAUUACUGCUAUGUCAGUAAAAGAAGUCCUUCAAAGCUUAGUUGAUGAUGGUAUGGUUGACUGUGAGAGGAUCGGAACUUCUAAUUACUAUUGGGCUUUUCCAAGUAAAGCUCUUCAUGCAAGAAAACGUAAGUUGGAGAUUCUGGAAUCUCAGUGGUCUGAGGGAAGCCAAAAGCAGGCAAACCUACAGAAGAACAUUGAGAAAGCUAAAAUAGGCCGACAUGAGACGGAAGAGAGAACCAUGCUAGUGAAAGAGCUUUCUACUCUUCGGAACCAAAGGGAACAGCUUAAGGCAGAAGUAGAAAAAUACAAAGAAUGUGACCCACAAGUUGUAGAAGAAAUACGUCAAGCAAAUAAAAUUGCCAAAGAAGCUGCUAACAGAUGGACUGAUAAUAUAUUUGCACUAAAAUCCUGGGCCAAAAGAAAAUUUGCAUUUGAAGAAAAUAAAAUUGAUAAAACUUUUGGAAUUCCAGAAGACUUUGAUUACAUAGACUAAAAUGUUCAAUGGUUGUAGAGGAUCUAUGAGCUUGUAAAUAUGUAAAUUUUAGAAUAUUUUUCAACUAACUGUACUGAAUUUUCAUUUAUUGUAACUAUCAUUUUAUUAUUUUUAAAUAAAAUGUGAAAUGCAGGGGCUAGGGCUGGGGCUCAGUGGUAGUCUGGCAUGUGUGAGGCUCUGGGUUUGAUUCUCAGCACCACAUAUAAAUAAAUUAAAUAAAUGUCUACCGAUAAUUAAAAUAAUAUUUUUUAAAAGUAUGAAAUGCAGAUAAUCUUCACCUUUUUUGAUAGAUUGAAAGCAGGCUGAUAACUAUAUACCUCAGUGCUCAUUCAAAGUUAAGAUAAUACAAAGUAAAGUCAUCCAUCUCAGUCAAAUCAAAUUUAUAGAUGUUUUUUCAAAGGUCAAAAGCAUGACUUUUUUGUUUUCAUUUAAAUAUUAAAUACUAAGGGUGCAUUUGAAGACUCUGUUAUACAAAUACAUAGUACAUGUUGAUGUUUAGAAAUAAUCUUUAAAACCCUGAUGGUUGUAUUAUUGUUUCUCAAUAUUGGUGGAAAAUGUGUGAUUGAUACUCAGUAUACUGAAUCAUCUUUGCAAAUCUCCCACAGGGAAAAACAUAUAGAAAAUUGGUGUUUCUCAAUUUUGAGUUAAGUAGUAGUUUAACAUAGACAUGCAGACCACCUUCUUCUGAGUUUUUGAUACUUUUUUCUGCUGGAAGUAAGCAUACAGUUCUUUGUCCUGAUUUAUGCACUUUUUAUAAGAUCAUAAAGUUGUUUGUAUAGUAUACAUCACCAACUAUGCAGAAUUCUAGGUUUUUAUAAACUAUCAAAGGGAUAGGCUAAAAGUAAAAUAAAUCCCACGUAUAUAUAUAUUUUUUUAACCAAUUCAGCUUAGAGUUUUUGCAAGCACUCCAAAAGAGACUUUUAAAGGAAAAGAUAAAAAUUGAUAAUGUCUUUUACAACACAUGCCUUUUUUUUUUUUUUUUUACACUGUCCAAUCUUGGUAUUCUUUUAACUUGAGUGAAAUACUCCGUAUGUCUGAAAUGACCCAAAUGGCAUCCAAACCAUUUGUUAGUGAAUCUGGAUUUGUAUUGUAGGGAGUUCCUCUGGGCCUACUUAAUCACUUCUUGGGGGUAGACAGGCACAAAUUGGUCCAUCUUUGUUGGUGGGGCCUAAGCCUUUUUUUAAAACACUGAUUGUGAGAUUUCCAAAGUUUCUCAGACCCAGUUGUCAUUUAUUAGAAAUCAUGCUUUCUUGCUUAGAAAGUAUGUUAUGUUCAAAAAAUAAGCCAUUUCUUAUAAAACCUAAAAAAUGCUGUUGUAUAAGUGUUGAGGCAACUUUUGAGAGGGUAUCUUUAUGGGUCUAAUACACAAAUGAAUAAAACUAUCUAUUUGUGAGAUUAUAUCAGAGAUUAGGACACCCUUGUAUUGCCAAAAAUGUACUGGUAUAUGCUUAAUAACUGACUCUAGGGAAAGGGGAGGCUGAUUUAGUAUUUAUUUGUAUGUUGUUAAUGCUCCCAGCAUAGCCAAUUUCAGGUUACUAAUGUGAUAACAAUACAGAACUGGAAAAGAAGGUCAGUGUACACAAUUUUGUAGUACUCCUACUAUAAGGUCCUUGCUUAGCAUCUGGAUGGCCAUUUUAAGGAAAAAGUUUUGAUUUCCCACCCAAGGGCCUUCCUGAGAAAGGCUCACCACUCCCUCAUACCAACCCAACCCUUAACUACCUGCAUUGGACCCGCCCGGUUCUGAUUCCUGAGCCUUCCCCAUAGAAGUCCAAGAACUCAAGCCUGUUUUGCCUCUCUCUCCUAUAGAGAGAUGGCCUUCAUUUGUCAGCUCUGAUGAAUAAACUCUUGUGUGUA